GCGCCCGCCUGACCCGAGUCACGUGUCAGCCAAAGAUGGCUGCGUUCAGGCUACUUGAGCAAAGGUUGGAGUGAACCCCGGCGUGCCGAGGAGAAACGGUGGAGGCACCGACUGCUGUGAGCAGAGCCUAAGGCUCAAGAUGGAAAAUCAUGAACCAGAUGAUACUGUCAAGGAAGACUUAAUUUUCAAUAUCAUAACCAGAAAAAUUAACCAACUCCCAGAAGCAGAUCGGAAUCUGUUUGAACAUGGAUCAGUAUAUAUUGGACUUAAUGCUGCUCUCUGUGGUCUAAUAGCAAAUAGUCUUUUUCGACGCAUCUUAAAUGUGACACAGGCUCGUAUAGCUGCUGGCUUACCAAUGGCAGUGAUCCCGUUUUUGACUGCGCAUGCAUCUUACAAAGGUUUUGUAAAUUUACCUUUGAAUACAGGUGAUCUGAAUUGUGAAACCUGUACCAUAACACGGGGUGGAUUAGUUGGUCUUGUUUUUGGUGGUCUGUACCCUAUUUUCUUGUCUAUACCUGUGAAUGGUGCCCUGGCAGCCAGGUAUGAGUCAGCCCUGCUACCAGAAAAAGGAAACAUCUUAACUUACUGGACUAGAAUUUCUAAGCCUGUCUUUAGAAAGAUGUUAUUUCCCAUUUUGCUCCAGACUGUGUUUGCAGCAUACCUUGGAUCUAGACAAUAUAAAUUAGUUAUAAAGGCUCUUCAGUUACCUGAACCUGGCCUAGAAAUUCAGUGAUUGUUAAACAACUUUGUAUACAGAAAUAAAGCUGUAAUGUAUGAA